GUAUGCUUCUCGUUCCGUUGGUGAGACUUGCACAUGUGCCGCUGACGCGCCUCCUUCGAUAGGGUGUCGCCUUCCCGUAUUGAUAUACCAGAGACCACUAUCUAGGCCGCCUCACUGACAAAGGACCCUCUGGACUUGUUGACUUCCCAGGCGUGGCUUUGAUUCCGAACAGCACUCAACACUCCUGGAUUUGCGCGGGGUCUCGAUCAGGGCCUCCGCAGAUGGUACAGGUUCUUGUUGCAGAUAUAUCCAGCCCGACCUUCUCAUCUUGAUCACCUGCUCACGCCAGCAUUGACGCGGAGAGGCGUCAGCAUAAGGCUUCGAGAUGUUGUCCAACCCGCUUCAUCGAUUUUCGCCAUAUCACUCUCUACCUUCGUCAACCCUUCUGUCCAACGGCCACGUACCCCAGGGCCACAUACACCCGUCUGGGCUGGACAGCCUGUCCCAAGGAUCACACUACGCCCUCCAGCACCUCCAGCAACAUGUGGGUGCGCAGAACCAACACUUGGUCCGCGCCGGUCCCCAUGGGAAACACCGGCAGCACCCGUACGGGUCUGGAGGCAGAUCGGCCAGUGCCAGUGGUCCAAUACGGCGAAGGAUAUCUCGCGCCUGUGACCAGUGCAAUCAGCUCCGAACCAAAUGCGAUGGCCAGCAUCCUUGUGCACACUGCAUAGAAUUUGGGCUCGGUUGUGAAUACCAGAGGGAAAGAAAGAAGAGAGGCAAGGCCUCCCGCAAAGACCUCGCUCAGCAAGCUGCUGCCCAAGCAGCAUCCCAGGGUGGCCGCAAAUCCCCAGUGUCAGGGGCGGAAAACAACCAGCCUGACGAGCAAACAGCAUCGAAACCGGAUGAUUCCAUAGCAGCUAACAUCAACAACGGGAGCGAUGGGGACGACGAGGAAGGUUCCCGGAGAGAGGAAAGACUGGGCAGCUUGGAGAGCGAGCCAGAUCUCGGAGGCCAGUCUUCCCACAUCAACGGGCACCCGGGGGUGAUGGAGCGUGACCAGCUCGACAACCAAGGGGCAUUCGACCCGAGCAGCUACGCCAACAUCCACCACCCGUACGACCGACAGGCAAUGGGCGUACACAUGAUUGACCCGGCAGCUCAUCCUGCGUACGGUGCGAGCCAGGGCAAUAUUUCAGCGUACCCGAACAUUCCAUAUGGCUUGCAGACGCAGAAUCCGACUGGAUACACGCCGAAUGCGGCUGCUUUUCGGAUGGCGACCAGCCCUCUCAGUGCCUACCCUAUGGGUGGUGACGGCCCAUCGCCUGGCUGGAUGAACAUGGGAUCUCCGCCGCAACAAUAUCAAACCCACGUUCCUGCCCCCAGUUACCACGGCUCCCAGCUUCGAUAUCCCGUUUUGGAGCCUCUGAUACCUCACCUCGAAACCAUCAUACCCUUGCCGCUUGCGUGCGAUCUUAUCGACCUCUAUUUCUCGAGCUCAUCCUCCGCACAGAUGCAUCCACACUCGCCGUACGUGUUGGGGUUCGUAUUUCGCAAGCGCUCGUUCCUACACCCGUCGAAGCCUCGCAGGUGCCAGCCGGCUUUGCUCUCCAGCAUGCUCUGGGUCGCUGCCCAAACGAGUGACGCCCCUUUCCUGACCAGCGUGCCUUCCGCACGUGGGCGGAUAUGCCAAAGGCUGCUGGAACUGACCGUUAGCCUGCUUAAGCCGCUCAUCCAUACACCGUCGGGAGACUCGUCUCCUGUAGCCAGCCCCGGUGCAAUCGACGGUGCUGCUCUUGGUGGCCUGGGUGUGGCACUACCUGGCACAAUUAGCAUGGAAGCCUUGACCAGCGAGACUGGCCCAUUCGGUGCAGCAGGAACUCUUGACGAUGUUGUUACAUACAUCCACCUGGCAACGGUGGUAUCUGCUAGCGAAUACAAGGGAGCCAGUCUCCGGUGGUGGAAUGCCGCGUGGUCGCUCGCCCGCGAACUGAGGCUAGGCCGCGAACUCCCACAGUCCAUGAGUGCCCCCGAGCCCGACAACGAGGGUGCCGAGGACCAGUCGGAAGUGCCGGGUCUCAUUACGGAAGAGGAGCGGGAAGAACGACGACGCAUCUGGUGGCUUGUCUAUAUCGUCGACCGCCACCUUGCGCUCUGCUACAACCGGCCGCUUUUCCUCCUUGACAUUGAAUGCGAUGGGCUUCUGCAGCCAAUGGACGACACGGCGUUCCAGAACGGAGAGUUUCAGCCCCAGCCAUCGCCGCUGACGGAUCCCAGUGUGCUUGCCUCGGGCCCAUCGGCGUCGCAGUCGCAAUCGAGAGCCCGGGGCCCCUCGUUCGAAUGCAACGGACACAGCAUAUAUGGCUACUUCCUCCCGCUCAUGGCCAUCUUGGGUGAGAUUGUCGACCUCAACCACGCGCGCAACCACCCGCGUUUCGGGGUCGGGUUCAGGUCAGCUCGGGAAUGGGAUGGGCAAGCGCUGGAGAUCGAGCGGCACCUGCAACUGUAUGAACAGAGCUUGAAAAAGUUUGCCCAGCGGAGCCUUGGGCAACACAAUGCGAGCACAACAGACGAGGCGGAGGAGAACCACAACGACGGUCUUGGCCCCGUGGAUGCCGGCACACCAUCGGUGCACUCGGUGCACAGUGUGCUGACGAGUGCCAGCAGGAUGACAGAGUCGGAGAUCCAGACGCGAAUCGUAAUGGCUUACGGGACACACGUAAUGCACGUGCUACACAUCCUUCUCACAGGCAAAUGGGAUCCGAUCAAUCUUCUCGACGACAACGACCUUUGGAUCAGCUCCCAAGGGUUCAUCACUGCCACGGGACGCGCAGUCUCUGCAGCCGAGGCCAUCAGCCAUAUAUUAGAGUAUGACCCGGGGCUGGAGUUUAUGCCCUUCUUUUUCGGCAUUUAUCUCCUGCAGGGCUCAUUCCUCCUGCUGCUGAUCGCCGACAAGCUGCAGAGUGAGGCGUCUCCGAGUGUCGUCCGGGCCUGCGAGACCAUCGUCCGUGCUCACGAGGCUUCCGUGGUGACACUCAACACAGAAUAUCAGCGGAACUUCAGCAGGGUAAUGCGCAGUGCCCUGGCCCAGGUCCGCGGCCGCGUACCGGAGGAUCUCGCAGAACAGCACCACCGCCGACGUGAGCUUCUAUCUCUAUACCGAUGGACCGGCGAUGGGACCGGUCUAGCCUUAUAACUGUCUUUCAUUUUUCAAUCACCGUCUGGUGGUGGGGCACUUAUGAGGGUCGAGGAUGGGGAUUGUGAUUAUUAAAA